AGCUGGUGUCCACCAACAGGUCUUCCGUCUUCAGCGGUCACCAAGGAGAUCUCGCGCUGACCGCCGUCUUCCUCGACGAGUACCAUGACCGCCUCUUCCUGGGCGGGAAGGAUGUGCUCUACUCUCUCACGCUGGGCCCCGCCGCUACCGAGUCCAAAGAGAUCCACUGGCCGCCAUUGCCAGGCAACAGGGAUGACUGCAUCCAGAGGGGAAAAGAACCCCAGACAGAUUGUGCCAACUUUGUGCGUCUGCUGAAGCCGUUCAACCGCACCCACCUGCUGGCGUGUGGCACCGGGGCCUUCCAGCCCAUUUGCUCCUACAUCCACGUGGGCUACAGAGGAGAGCAUGUGUUCACCAUGGACCCUACCAAUGUGGAGAACGGACGGGGGAAGGUUCCGCAUGACCCCAGCCUCCCCUUCGCCAGCACCUUCAAUGGUGGGGAGCUGUACGCGGGCCUGACGGCAGACUUCCUGGGCAGGGACUCUGUGAUCUUCCGCAGCAUGGGGGGGCGCUCCACCAUGAGGACGGAGACCGACCAGAAGCUGCUGCACGACCCCCGGUUCAUCGCAGCCCACGUGGUCCCGGACAGCGACGACCGGGACGAUGACAAGGUCUACUUCUUCUUCACGGAGAAGGCCAUGGAGUCCGGGGACCGGGAGGGCGCCAUACACACGCGCGUGGGACGAGUGUGUGCGAAUGAUGUCGGAGGUCAGAGGGUGCUGGUAAACAAGUGGAGCACCUUCAUCAAGGCCAGGCUGGUGUGUUCAGUCCCCGGACCGCAUGGAAUCGACACACACUUCAACCAACUGGAGGACAUUUUCGUGUUGAGAACCAAGGACGAGAGGAACCCAGACGUCUACGCCAUCUUCAGUACCAUCAGCAAUGUGUUCCAGGGGUACGCUGUGUGCGUCUACAGCAUGGCCGACAUCCGAGAGGCCUUCAACGGGCCUUUUGCUCACAAAGAGGGGCCCGACUUCCAAUGGAAGGUGUACGAGGGCCGGGUGCCCUACCCCAGACCUGGCGUGUGUCCCAGUAAGAUCACCAACCAGCCAGGCAGGGAGUUCAGCAGCACCAAGGACCUCCCGGACGCCGUGCUGCAGUUCACCCGGGGCCACCCCCUGAUGUGGCGCCCCGUGUUCCCCGCCCAGCGCCGGCCCGUGCUGGUCAGGGCAAACACGCCCUACAAGCUCACGCAGAUCGUGGUGGACCGCGUGGAGGCCGAGGACAGCCAGUACGACGUCAUGUUCAUCGGCACAGACGUCGGCACGGUGCUGAAGGUCUUCUCCCUCCGCAACGGAAACAGCCUGGAGAGCGAGGAGGUCACCCUGGAGGAGCUCCAGGUCUUCAAGGUCCCGACUCCGGUCACCUCCAUGGAAAUAUCAGCCAAAAGGCAAGCUCUGUACGUGGGCUCUCCGCUGGGCGUGGCCCAGGUGAAGCUGCACCGCUGUGAGACCUACGGGAAGGCCUGCGCCGAGUGCUGCCUGGCCCGGGACCCCUACUGCGCCUGGGACGGGCUCACCUGCACCCGCUUCCUGUCCAGCGGCAAGCGGCGCUUCCGCCGGCAGGACGUGCGCUAUGGCAACCCCGUGCUGCAGUGUGUGGACCAGAACCUCAGUGGAGAGGAGCUGAACGGGAUGGAGCAGAGGGUGGUCUACGGGACGGAGAACAACAGCACCUUCCUGGAGUGUAUGCCUCGCUCGCCCCAGGCCAGCGUCACCUGGCUCGCCCAGAAGGACGACCGGCAGGAAGAGGUGAAGCUGGACGACCGGGUCAUGGCCACCGAGCAGGGCCUGCUGUUCCGCCGGGUCUUCCGCCAGGACCAGGGCGUGUACGUGUGCCGCUCCCGGGAGCACGGCUUCACGCAGACCCUGGCCCGCCUCACCCUCCAGGUUCUGCAGGGGGAGGCGGUGGGCGAGCUGCUGGCCCGGGAGGACCCCUCCAGCCACGCCCUGGACUCCAACAAGGACCGGUCCGGCGGCGGGGGGUACAGAGGCUGGCCGCCCUGCGUCUCCGGCGGCGGCGGCGGCGGCGGCGGCGGAGUCGGUUCCUACGGCAACCGAGGAGGAGGUGGGGGCCAGUCGCGCUCCUGGUUCAAGGACAUCAUGCAGCUGAUUGGUCCCAGCAACCUGCCCCACGUGGAGGAGUACUGCGAGAGGAUGUGGUGCCACGACAAGCUGCGCCGGAAGCACAAGAGCAUGGUGGAGAAGUACCGGCAGGCGCAGGACAGCGCCCGCAAGGCCCGCAGCAAGAGCUCCGGCGAGCGCAACCGGACGCCGCGGGACCUGCGGCGUGUGAGCGCACGGAACGAGUGAGCGGUCGGGACGGCCCGCUACCCCCGGGAGUGUUGUGGAGACGGAGAGACGUGGGAAGGGGGAGGGAGGAGGGGAGGGGAGGUGUGGAGCGAGGAGGAGGGAUGGGUGAUGGAGGAUUUGUUGGCCGCCUCGUCCUUUGAAACGUCGAGCACUUGGAUAUUGGAAGAGAGGGGUGGGACAGGAAUGUGACAUGUAAUCAUUGAACUUUGUU